CCAACCCAGACCAAACAGCACCCCACACUCCGCACAAAAAACCAUGGCCACAUCCUUUACAGACGAACCAGCCUGGGGCAAGGUCCUCAUUGCUGGUGGCGUUGACUGGGACAUGAUCGGCCGUAAGCCCAAAGCUGGCGAUACUCGCGAACUCUUACCAAACCUCGAGACCUUUCAUCUUAUCCGCGAGUUCACAGACUUGAAGAUCGUCAAGAUCGCCACUGGCCCCAAUGCCGCCCAUAGCAUUUUCAUCACAGAUGAUGGAGAUGUCUGGGUUCUCGGACGCAAUGAAAAGGGUCAGCUCGGUGUGGGAGACACGAAUCCUCACCCCUUGCCAAUGAAGAUCCCCACGAUCUAUUCCUCUGCGGGUAACAAAAAAUCUACCAACCUGAAGUUCGUCGAUGCUGCUGUCGGCCGAAACCAUUCAAUUAUCAUUGCCUCCAACGGGGCUGUCUAUGGCGCUGGAGACAAUAAAAUGGGCCAGCUCGGCAACGACAACCUCAAGGAGCACCCAUCCUUCGUACAUAUCAGCAGUCUUGGCAGGGAGAAAGGCGCUAGCGUUGCCUGCGGUGCCGAGUUCACGAUGGUCUUGUCCGAGAAGGGUCAACUCUGGGCAUUCGGAUCACCCGAAUACGGUCAGUUGGGAAACAAGACAAACGGCCAGUAUCUUCAGCAAUCAAACCGCCUCGUUCAUAUGCCUCAAACAAGUCCAGUGCUUGUUGCUGCGUUGAAGGAUAAAGUUGUGACUAAGGUCCGCUGCGGCACCAACCACACAUUGGCGCUAACUGACGGCGUGGUUUACAGCUGGGGCUUUGGAGGCUAUGGCCGUCUUGGACACUCUAAGCAGGAGGAUCUGUGGAGCCCCAUGCCAAUUGAGCAGUUUGCCGGAUCCAACAAGAUCUCGAGAGCGACUGAUAUCGCUGCGGGCAGCUCGUUCAGCAUGGCUUUGGACGGCCAGGGCCAGUUUUGGCUGUGGGGUAAAUGGAAGACUACGGGCGAUGGCGGUGGAGGAACGCCCUGGAUGUACCCUCGCACCAUGUACGAUCUUAACGGAUGGUCCUUCAGGGCGUUCAGUGGAGGCAACGUGACCCUGUUUUGCAUCCCCACCUCUGAGCCCUGCACCAUCGCCUGGGGUCAGGGAGCAAUUCAUAGCGAGCUAGGAUACGGUGAGGGCGAGCCACGAUCGUCGACCAAGCCCGAUAAGGUCCGCCCAUUGGAGGGACUGAUCAUGAAGGAUGUGUCAUGUGGUUUGGGUCAUACACUGCUGCUGUGCAAGCCUGGGCAGGAGAAGUUGCAGGAUCUGCCCAAGUGGCCCUUACUGGACGUGGAGGAACAUUGUAUCGAGUGUUUGAGCGCCGAAGAUGAGGAGAGCAUGUUAUUGUGCGAUAAAUGCGAUUCUGGGACUCACCUGCACUGUACUGUCCCUCGACUUCAGGCUGUGCCAGAUACGGAUUGGUUCUGCCAGGGCUGCACAAGAGCCAAGGAAAAAAACAGGACAAAGUCCUCGUCUGACGGCUCAGACCUUUCAAGCCAGUCUGCGGGCAAGACGAAUGCUAAGCGCAAAGCACCCGCCGGCAAAGGCUCCAGCAAGAAGAGUAAGGGCAACCACUCGGACGACGACAACUCUGAAUAACAGCAGUAGGGCAUUACUAUGAUUUACAGUGGCAACAAAAGUCAGCAACGAGCAUCCGAGUUGGUGCACGGUAGGCGUUAGGCGAAUCUGAAUAUUUAUCGAAUAAUAAAAAUCGGCCGCGUUUCUUUCCAUUC